UUGAGACACGAAUGACAUGACCGGCGAGAUAUAUAAACACAGGCUUCGUAUGAAGGCUCACUGCUGUUUCGGAAAGCUGUCUGACCAUGGCUUUAGUGGAAGCGCUUCUCGCGCACGUGUCCACCACAGGAGCUUUACUCGCUGCUGCGCUGCUGUUUUUGGUCAUUUAUAUCUUCUCCAUCAGCUCCAGCUCUCCAGAAGAUCCUCCAGGACCCAAACCGCUGCCAUUCCUAGGGAACCUGCACCUACUGAACCUCAGACAGCCUCACAUGAGCCUCUUGGAAUUGUCCAAGAAAUACGGGUCAGUAUUCAGAGUGCACUUUGGACCCAAGAAGGUUGUGGUCCUGGCAGGAUACAAGACAGUUAAACAAGCACUUGUGAACCAGGCAGAAGAAUUCGGGGAAAGAGACAUUACCCCCGUAUUUCAGGAUUUCAAUCAGGGACUCGGAAUCGUAUUUUCUAAUGGUGACAACUGGAAGGCUAUGAGAAGAUUCACUCUUUCAACUCUUAGGGACUUUGGAAUGGGCAGGAAACUGAGCGAACAGAAAAUCAUGGAUGAGACACGCUAUCUUCGGGAAGUGUUUGAGAAAUUUCAAGGAAAUCCCUUCGACACGACCCAACCUGUGAGUUAUGCCGUCUCCAACAUCAUCUCGGCUAUUGUUUAUGGGAAGCGGUUUGAAUACGAGGACCCAAAGUUUCAGAAAAUGGUGGACAAGGCAAACAAGAACAUCUACAUGACUGGAUCUGCUAUAAUACAGCUCUACAACAUGUAUCCAGCUCUCGGUCCCUGGAUAAAGACGUGGAGGCUGCUGAUGGAAAAUUUGCAAAGCAUCAGAAGUGAAAUAAAGGAGCUGGUGAAUGGCUUACAGGAGACUCUGAACCCGCUUGACAGCAGAGGAUUCAUCGACUCCUUCCUCAUCCACAAACAAAGCGUACAAGAAUCUGGAGAAAAAGAGUCAUAUUUCCACGAGAGGAAUCUGAUAAUUACGGUGUCAAACCUGUUCGCCGCUGGUACUGACACGACCGCCACGACUCUGCGCUGGGGUCUGAUGCUCAUGGCCAAAUACCCUCAUAUACAAGAUCGAGUUCAGGAGGAGAUCGACCAGAUACUUGCUGGCCGUGAACCUGUGUCAGAGGACAGAAAGAACUUACCUUAUACAGAUGCCGUGAUUCACGAAAUCCAAAGACUGGCUAAUAUUGUACCCAUGAAUCUCCCUCAUAUGACCAGCUGUGACGUUAACUUCAAUGGAUACCUCAUCAAGAAGGGAACAUGCGUUCUGCCGCUGCUGACGUCUGUGUUGAGGGAUGAGAACGAGUGGGAGACACCAGACACCUUCAACCCACAACACUUUUUAGACGAGAAGGGUCAUCUAAGGAAACGAGACGCCUUCAUGCCCUUCUCUGCAGGUCGCAGGGCUUGUCCUGGAGAGGGUUUGGCCAGGAUGGAGCUCUUCCUGUUCUUCACCUUCCUCCUUCAGCGUUUCCGCUUCACUCCUCCUCCUGGAGUGUCUGAAGAUGAUCUGGAUCUCAAACCGGUCGUGGGUUUGACAUUGAACCCUUCGCCCCACAAACUGUGUGCGAUCAGUAGAGGUGAAAGUCGACCAAAUUGAUCCAUGACUCACUGUGAUCACAUGUGUCUAGUCUGAAAGGAUGAUGCUAUAUAUUCAAUGGAUGUCGAGAUUAUAAAUUAAUAACUAAAAUUUAAGUUUAACAGUGAUGUGCUGUAAUGUUUCGAAACGAGGCAAAGUCCUGACGGGUUAAUUUUUACGUUUUAGGAAUCCAAUGGUUCAGUUACAUUUAAUGUUGACACAUUCGUCAGAUUCUAUACAUGUUAAAUUCUACUUUUAAUCAUUAGUUACUCGUACAAUGUUCUAGCAAAAGAGAGCUGGAUCAGUGAAGCACAGUGGAUAGCUUGUGAAGUUUUUUUUACAGUAUAGUAUAGUGGAACUAGCCACAAAGCCCCUGCAGCCAUCUUCCACUGGGAAUAUUUCACUGUCCAGCUCCUCUGCCUCAGCUGCCAAGUUGGCAUAAAGCAGCUUCUUCAGGUCUCUUUAAUGUGUUCUUCCCGAGGGACUUUCAAUUUGAUACCAUUUGCCCUCGUUGCAUUUAAAAGGGGCUGCAAGAGUGAGCGCCCACACAAACCAACAUGUCAGCAUUAAAAUCUGACACGAUCUGUCACAGCUAAUACACAAUUUACCAGCUGGUUGAACACAUUGGUAAAUUGGUUGUACAUAAUUAUACUUUUUGAUCUGUUCAUGUCUUAAAGGGUUGCUCCAACCCAAAAUGAACAUUUUGCCAUUAAUCAUGUCUUUCCAAACCCGUAAAAGCUUUGUUCAUCUUCAGGACACAAUUUUAGAUAUUUUGGAUGAAAACCAGGAGGACUGUGACUGUCACAUUGACUGCCGAACAAUUUCAACUGUCAAGGUGCAGAAGAUUAUGAAAGAAAUUGUCUGAAUGCUCCGUCUAUGGGUCAACCGCAAGCUACGAGAAUACUUUUUGUAAAAUGACAUUAGAAUAAUGACUUUAUUCAAUGGUUUGGUACCGUAACUACACCGUAGCGCCAUUUUUGAUAGCAUCCUGUGCACUAUUCCUUUCCAGCUUAGUUCAGUUCACUUCGAAUGGUGUCGUCCGAUCAAGCCAAAAAUAUUGGGAAAACCAGGCUCAGUCAGGUGGCCAGUUCUUCUCUGGCCGGAUGAAACCAACAUGGUGUAGUUUAAUUCAAGACUGCAACCUAGGUCAGAUUCUGUGGAGGGACUCGACUGGUUCUCGUAGACGUGUGCUGAUGUCCGUUUAGGUUACAAGGUCUUUGCAGGGGAUCUGUCCCUAGGGCUCAUCUAGUGGUCAUGGUCUCUGCUAACAUUCAAGGGUGUAAUAGUUGUUUUAAGGACCAUCUGCUCUGGUAUGGUCUCCUAGGAAUAAGGAAUAAUCAGACUACUAUCAGCAUUGACGUCACUCUUCUUACAAUGUAAUAAGCACCUAAUUAAUGUGAUCUAAUUACUGCAGCCUAACGAUGCUUCAUUGCAUUUUAAUUAUAGAAAUGUCAUGGUGCAUUUUGUGUAAGCUAGGUUAAAGAGAAUAAGUAUAUAGUUUAGAUCUAGUGUGUCUUCCUCCCAAACAAUGUUAGGUGGAUGGUUCCACAGUUUGGACACUAAAUAAGGAAAAAGAUUUGCUGGAAAAAGAAUGGGCAGAGUUUUGAAACUGCAGUUGAUGUGAUAAGCAAGUAAUAAGCAAGAUGUUACAAUGUUUGGUAAGGAGCUAGUGGAGUGUUGGAAGAAGCGUGCUAAUAUGGUCAUACUUCCAGGUUCUAAUAUGGUCAUACUUCCAGGUUCUAGUAAGAUGUCUAGCCACUGCAUUUUGGACCGGCUGAUGUUUUUUAUUACACUGAUAUGCUGAUAAUAUGAAAUCUUUGGAUGACUAGUAAUUUGGUACUAAAAACAGGUGUAAAUUAAAAACCUCUGCAUGUAAUGUGCUAGUACAUUUUAUAAUACUUUUAAUCCUUUGAAAGCCAAGUUUCUACCAUUUGCAUAACCACAUCUUAAAAAUAUAGUAGUCAACAUUUGUAGCGGAUCAAAAGGGUUUGUCAAAGUUUGUUUUUAGGUUUUAGGACAACUGUAGUGAAAGGUUUUGAUCCACUUCAAACAUUUACUACUGCAUGUCAUCAAUGUCAAAUUCAGUAAUGUUAAUUCGUGACCUCAAGGUUAGACUAUUGUAAUCCUUUACUGGGUGGUUAGUGUGUGAGCUUAAAAUUAAAACGUUAAAAUGUUUCCUAAAGAUAUCUCCCAAGGGUAACAUGUAAAGCAUGAAAAGCAUCAGUCCAAGUACUGAGCCUCGUGGUACUGUAUUAGUGAUCAACGUUAUAAAUAAAUAUUCAUAUUGGUUGCAUUUCUGCUUUUCUGGGCUAAAAUUAGAGGUUUUUGUAUUUUGUCACAUCAUAACUGCCAUUUAUAUCUGUGGACUCUGAGUCAGUCUGUAUUGGCUGUCUGAUGUCUUUCCUUCAACAUGAAAUAUUACUGGAAUAACAUAACUAAAUCAGUUUUAGCACCAGCACAUUGAAUCACAUCAAUAUUGAAGUCAAUAGUACACUAUAACAUUCCUAACUUAAUACCUUUCCACCUGUGACCUCUUUUACAUGUAAAGUGAGUUAUGCUUGUGAUGAUAAUCAGUGACUUCCACUUUUCCUAAACGAGAAAACAAUUCAGAGUCCCACCUCUAUUACAGUUCCAAACACUAUUUCAACAAUCCACUAUUUCAACAAUAUUAAAGAAACACACAAAAACAUCACUGCACAUAACAUUCACGUUUAUUUUUUAACUUUCUGUUCAACCACAAAGAUAUAAUUAAAGCAUACUGGUUAGCAUAUUUAAUGCUACCGUCUGUGUUUGCAUUAAACACAAUGCUUUCGCAUAUUCACAGAAAUAACCAGUCUCACGACUACUUUUGUUUUUACUCAGAAUUAAAAAAAAUCAACUAAAUAGCGCACCUUUACAUGCACAUACUUAAUCCGAUUAGCUCAAUAAGCCGAAAGCGUACAUGGUCACGUAGUCACUACAGGAAAAUAACCUGAUUUAUGAAAGAAGUCGUGCAAACGCAGCUUACUUGCAUUAUUAGGUUACUGAUGUGCAUGCAAACAGGGAAAACCGGUUAUUAUAAUAAGCUGAUAAUUGUGAGUUAUCGUCUUACUGGUGUGCACGUUAACGUGCUCAUUGUGAUGUCUUUCGCACUCGAUAAAGGGAGAAAUAGGAAUAAAUGAAGACUUGCAUCCUUCGUUAUUUUCUUUUUUAAUUCAAUUGUUAUGUAAUGCUUGGUCAUCCCUGUACCCCUGGCACAAUUGUUCCUAUAUUCUGUAUCCAUAUUUUGCAAAUAAAUCAAACAAAAAAACCUGCAACCUUCGAUCACCCCCUAAUGGAUACCCCAAAAAAUUGCACUUAAAUCACAUUAACUUUUAGCUCACUUAAAUCUUACUGAUCUUACUCUACCUUUUUCUCAUCUUUUUGAACGACAGUUCAAUCACAUUGAAAAUAUUAUAUCUUUUUUUACAUGAUCACUUUGAUCUUAUAUGGUCACGUUGAUCUUUUUAACCUCUACACUGUAAAUGUAUGCUUAGAAAGCAUAGAUGUAUGUUUAAAUAUUAUUUCACAUAAAUGAACCAAUACCACUUUCUCCAGUUGGUUUUCCAACGGUGAAAACUGGAGGGAAAUGAGACGCCCUGCUCUUGCAAACCUGCGUUUGUUUUUUUUUGUUUUUUUAAUUAACAUUUUUUUGUUAUUUAUUUUAAUUUAAUUUAGUUUUUGCCAUUUCUUUCACUUAUUUAUGGGUGGUUUUUAUACAGUUAGGUCCUUAUUUUAACACUGACACAAUUUUCAUAAUUUUGACAUUGCAUACCACCACAGUAGAAUUAAAAUUAAACAUUAAUUUAAUUGAACAAAAAAUUAAAUAAAAUGAAAGUACAGGCUUUAAGCUUCAAUUCAUGGGGUUAAACAAAAAAAUACCAUAAAAUGGUAACAUUUGGUUUCCGUCAGAAGACAGGUCACAGAAGACUUCUCCAUGGUCUGUUCUGCUCAGGUGUAGUCUUUUGGCAGGCGAGCGUAUUGGUUAUAAUAAGAUAUAGUUUUAGAUAUAGUGUAGAAGAUAUAGUAGAACCGCAAAUUAAAUUUGCCCACAGUCCUCAUUCAUCUUAACACCAUAAAACACAAAGUCAAAAAACAAAACAGUCUACAUCUUGCAGUUGCACCUGAAUUGGUAAAAUAUAUGCAAAAUUUUAUACAUACGACUUUUAUACAUACAACAAAUUAAAAGGGGUUUAUUUUAUAUUGUACAUUUCAAAAAGCACCAGGAGAGGGAGACUGAGACUGAGAAAUGUGUCAUAAAUCAGAAAAAAAAAAUCUAAGCUUUGGAAGCUAAGACAAAAUAGCUGAUUGUCUUCAUUUUCCCAACCUUGAAUACACCCAGGGUCAAAGGAUCAGGCAUAUAAAAAUAUUUAUGGAUACGAAAAGGGAAAUUGGGGUUGUCCUUGUUAGUGUUAGUGUAGGCUUCUAAAAUGUGGAACAAUUGUAGGGCGGGGUUUGAUUUGUCCUGCGGUAAUUGAUCGGAAGAUGUUCGGCCAAGAUGGCGACUGAGUAACAUCGUUGUGCUGAGGCUCUGCACUUGAUUGGUAGUUGACACAUGUAAAGUGUAUUUAGGGUGAUAAUAUUUAUACAACCGAUCUAAGUAAGUCUUUUAUCGUUCUUCCGUCCUUAAUUCACUGUCUAAAUUUAAAAUGAGCGUGAUGGACGAAGACAGGCCUGUUAGAAGUGGGGUCGGAAAAUCAGACUGUCUCUAAUUUACACCUAAUAGAAGUUUGAGAGAGUGGAAAAAACGCAGCUGGGAUUUCUGAAUCCCAUGCAGUCUCUCGAGUCUACAGUGAAAGACAACACAGAUUCACUAAACAGUGUGGUGGAGGCGCUUGAAUUUAUAAACAAUCGAGUUGAAGAGGUAACUUGCAAGGUGAACUUGUUACAGAAUAAGGUGGAAUCACUGGAAAAAAGAGAACUGUGUGCUGCGUGAGAAAUGCGAGGAUCUGGAUGCGUGGAAUCUACCAGUCGGCGGUAUUCAGGAGCAGAUGUCCGAAAGAUUUUAAUCGAUUUAUUCAGCAAAGUUUCUCCUCAGAUAGCAGACCAGCUCCUCUAUACGCCUGAUGUCGCUCAUAGACUGGGUCCUCGUGUUGAGGUAGAGCGCUUGAGCGAACGUAUCGUCGUACAGAUCAGAUCUGGAGGGAUGCCAGAACCGCCACCCUCCUCAAAGAGAGGAAGAUAAGGAUUUUCAAAGGCCGAAUGCAAAUCAGCAAAGAUGCCAGGAACAAACUUUGGCCGCUGGUCGAACGAAUGAGAAAGGAGGGGAAGAGAGCAGGCUUCAGAGGGGUAUGGUAGGAAGAUUUCUGCAAAAGAUUAGUUUGGAUGAAUGAUGCUGCAAUUUCCUCAACGAAUAUGCAUUUGACCAAAUGACUUUAUCUGAACGGAAAAGAACAACCUUUCUUUUCUUCCUCUUAUUCCAGAUGGGAUAGUCAGACUAUGCUGUAUUUAACUAAGAUUAAAAGGCCUAUUUGAUGGUAUUUGAGAAGUUGGAUCCUUGAUAGUUUUUUUGUUGUUGUUGUUGUUUUUUCCUUCUCUUCUU